AUGCACCUCAGCAAGCCCACCUCCAUCACGCUCCUCGGCGCACUGUUCUCCUUCACCUCGGCCGCAACCCAAUCCCCGCCCCUUGACCGCCGCGCCGGCUGCGCCACCGUCAACUUCUACGGCGAGACCGGGGCCCUGGCCUACUACUUCGGUUGCUACAAGGUCGAUGACAUCUGGCGCUCAGGGGAUGCGCCCGACCCCAUAUCCUCAAUCGAAGUGGUUUCCGACGACGAUGUCUACUGCUCGUUCAACGUCACAGGCGCCGACUACCCCGAGUACUGCUCUCGGAGCAUCUAUAACGCCACGGAUAUGCACCCGGCGGGUAUUACUCACGCUGGGACGUGCAGAUACUAA